GCCACUAACCUCCUUUUCCGCAAAAUUCCUUUGCGUGGAAUUUUGUCAACCCGCGAUUCACCCCAAUUUUAAUUGAAAUUUAAUAAAAAUCGCGUGGUUUCUUGGCUUAUGUAGUAUUUGUUUUAACGUCAGUGAUUCUAUCAACUCCAUUCAACCAUCGUUUCUCCCUCAAUUGAGCUUUUAUCCACGAUUUCUUGGAAAUAUUGAUAGCUUGGCCAACUGGACAAAAUGGAUGAUUUAGGUUACUCAAAGGAAGGGACCUCAUCUGAUAGGAAUGUUGAGAUUUGGAAAAUCAAAAAACUAAUCAAGAGUUUGGAAUUGGCACGCGGAAAUGGUACGAGUAUGAUAUCGCUCAUUAUUCCGCCGAAAGAUCAAAUUUCCCGGGUCAGCAAAAUGUUGGCAGAUGAAUUUGGGACAGCCUCAAACAUCAAAUCCCGAGUGAAUCGACUUUCCGUGCUGGGUGCAAUCACCUCUGUCCAGCAGCGUCUUAAACUGUACUCAAAAGUUCCGCCAAAUGGGUUGGUUAUUUAUUGUGGAACCAUUGUUACUGAAGAAGGUAAGGAAAAGAAAGUCAAUAUUGAUUUUGAGCCUUUUAAACCUAUCAACACCUCACUAUAUCUCUGCGAUAACAAGUUCCACACUGAAGCUCUCUCAGCACUGUUAGCUGAUGACAAUAAGUUCGGUUUUAUUGUCAUGGACGGAAAUGGCUCCCUGUUUGGUACUCUUCAAGGCAAUGCCCGAGAAGUUUUGCAUAAAUUUACAGUCGAUCUUCCCAAAAAGCACGGUCGAGGAGGACAGUCAGCUUUACGUUUUGCCCGUUUACGUAUGGAGAAGAGGCACAACUACGUUAGGAAAGUAGCAGAAACAGCAGUUUCCUUGUUCAUAACUAAUGAUAAACCAAAUGUUUCGGGCUUAGUGCUAGCUGGUAGUGCGGAUUUCAAAACAGAAUUAAGUCAGUCUGACAUGUUUGAUCCUCGUCUACAAGCAAAAGUAAUCAAACUGGUUGAUGUCUCUUAUGGUGGUGAGAAUGGAUUCAACCAAGCUAUUGAGUUGGCCGCUGAAUCACUUCAAAAUGUGAAGUUUAUACAAGAAAAGAAGUUAAUUAGCAAAUAUUUUGAUGAAAUUAGUCAAGACACCGGCAAGUACUGUUUUGGAGUUGAUGAUACUCUUCGUGCCCUAGAACUGGGAGCUGUAGAAACUCUCAUCUGCUGGGAAAAUCUCGACAUCCAGCGUUAUGUUCUCAAAGGUCCUGCCGGCAGCCCGGAACUUAAAAUAUUGCAUUUAACUCCCGAUCAAGAGAAGGACAAAUCCCACUUCAAUAAUGAAGAUGGAACCGAGUUAGAAUUAGUCGAGUGCCAGCCAUUACUUGAGUGGCUAGCCAACAAUUACAAGAGCUUCGGGACAACUCUAGAAAUUAUCACAGACAAGUCACAGGAAGGUUCCCAGUUUGUGCGAGGCUUUGGUGGAAUUGGAGGGCUUCUCCGCUACAAGGUGGACUUUCAAAACUUCCAGUGCGAUGAGUUGGAUGGGGUUGAUGACUAUGAUGAAUACGAUUAAUCCAUUUACACUUUUUGUAUCUCCUUCAAAUCCCUCUCUCGUCAAGCUACAAAUUCAAUUUCUUGCAUUAUUAUAUCCUCAAAAAUUGAAUUCUAGUGAAUUAUUUGUAAAAAUAUAAUUUUCUCACAUCAUGGGUGGAUUGUCAAACAUUCCCUAUUUCCAAGCAUGUAUUUUUUUUUGGCAAGUAUAUCAUAUCAAUGGCCAAACUUAAAGCCCUCUGAGUUCUAAGAGAUUUUACCAUUUGCUGCCAAAAAAUGUAGCUAAGUUAUCAGUUUAAUUUUGAAGGUGGUUAUUAGAGCAAUUAAUCAGAUCUAACUUUUUCAAGAAUGUCCAUCACGUCUGUUCAGGCAAUAUUUUUACUAGAGCUUUCAAGCUUAGUUUCUCUCUUUAUCCCCCUGUUAUCUGCCUUCAAAAAUACGCUCGGAGAAGUAAGCUUGAUUUGUUAUCUUUAAAUAUUUUGAAAUCAUGUUUCUAUUUCAGCAGAUUUGGUAUUUUUCAUCUUUUUUUUCUUUUUUUCCCUUUUUUCCAAAUUAUUUCUUCAGCUUCAAAGUCAUUGAUCUAUAGAGUACACACGACAGCGUACUUGUCGGUGAUGAACAAACAGAGAAUUUGUGGUUUUAGCCAUUACUGAAAGAUUUUAUUUUGAAUUUUUAUGUGCAGAAUUAAUAAAUGACUCCCAAAGUUUUUGGAACGUUCAGUGUCCCUAGGGGCAUAUCCACUACCUACAGUGUCUUUAAAGUAUUACAAGCCGGGCAUAUAUAUAUAUAUUAUACUAUUCCUUGUCAGAACUUUCAUCCCUUUUUGUAUUUUCAUAUCUCAAUCAGACACUCCCAGUCAACCUAACGUUGCUCAAUUGUAAGUGCUUCUUACAUGUAUUGUUACCUCUUCCACUGUAGUAAUUUAUAAUUAUUUUGUGCUGAGGUUGUUUGUCAUCUACUGGACCUGUUACUUUUUAUUGAUGUCUGGUUUCUUCAAAACGAAAAAAAAUCGUGCUUUAAAUUUGUGAUUUGGCAUAGUGAUAGAAGUGCUUUGAAUCACCGUAUCUUCUGUCUUCCCCUAAAUUGUGUCGAAAGAGCCGUUUUGUGAACCAUUUGAAAAGUAAUCAACUACUGUUAUCUCAAGUUUGAAAUUUUUCAACGAGCUUUUCCUCCUCAAUUUGUGAUAUGUAGAAACAGUUGAGUUCUAUCCUCCCGGAGACAUAACUGUACCAAAGAGCAAUUCUCAAAUUUGCCAAAUUUUCUUUUUCCUCUGUUUAUCUGUUGAUUUUGGAAGAUUUAUGUGAUUGAAAAUUACCAUUUUGUUAAGGACAUGCUGAGGGGUAAAGUUGGCUUAUCAGUUUUUCCUUUCUCUUGAAUCUUAGUAUUGAACUCGCAAAUUUUCAACAUUUUCCUCGGCCCAUUGCAUUUAUGUAAGACUACAUUGAGAAAAAAAGAUAGUUAUGUCAUUCUCUCCUUUGUUAAUGUCUCAUUGCCGAGCAUAAAGGAAGGCGCCGAAAUAGUCUUAGAUCCACUGAUAAUUUUAACCAAAUUACGAUCAGUAAAAAGUUGAGGUCUCAGGUCCUAGGAACUAUUUUUUUAAAACUAAUUCUGGUUUGCCAACCGUCCUGUCUCUAGUAUAUCGAAUUUACUAUGAAUAUUCUAACAUUUUAUUCAAUCCAAUUUUCUGGUUUGAAUAAUUCUCGCAACCAAACCACCCUUGCAUUACCUGAGACUUGUUUUUCUCGCCAACAUCUCUCUGAGUAAAAAGAUUUUGAUCUCCUCUUCUAAGUGUAUUAUGUUGUUUUUACACAUCAUAGGUAACAUUUGACCCAUGUUUCUAGAGAAAAUUGCCCUUUUAAAGCCUCUAAUUUUUGGAUUCCAAUGCUUACUGGACUAGAAAUACUUUUUUCUAUGGCCAAGUAUCCAAACAGCUCAAAAAUGUAAUCAUAGUUUAAAACAGAUUAACAUUGGGCUAUCUAUGAUGCUAAAAUAAGUUUAGAAGCGUUGCCAAAACAGAUUUUUAAUCGCCCACCUUUUGAGAGAAAAAUUCUAGUACUCAACUAAUAUUACAAUUUUGAGAGCCUAUCAUCUCAUAAAAAUAAAAUCGAGACACCUGCAUAUCGUCAACAAGUCGACCAUCCAGUAAUAUUUCAAGUCAUUCAUAUAAUCAUUUUCGUAUGGAUUAACAUUAAAGGUCCUUGUAAUAUUUCUUCCUCCUCUGUAUUGCUCAUGGUUUUUUUUCUCUCUAGGGUAUCUCUCUGAUUUCUACUCUUGUCAUUUAUUCAAGUUGACAUUUGAUUAAUAACCUAAUGAUUUCAAUAAUUAUUAAGUUUAAUGUAAUUUACAUCCUGUGAUGAAUAACUGCCUUCCCACAAAGUGUGGUUAAAAAAUGUGUGCUCUAAGAUUGUCCUUCAUGAAAUGAAAAAGUCACGCAGGUCAUAGCCCAUAAAGUAUUUAAUAACAAACAACCGACAAUAGGUGGCCACAUUUGAAGUUAAUUAUUCAGAGUGUAUUUGUAAUUUUGUACUUGUUAUUCAACACGCAGUGCCUUUUAAUUGGUGUAUAGUGAAGGCUUCAUUUCCAAUUGCCUCCAGCAGGAUCAUAAGCUGAAAAGUUGACAUUAUAUUGUUUUAAAAUCACCCUCUCCAAAAAUUUCAGAGCUUGGAUUUGUAUUUUUGUAUCUUUUGUAUUUAUUUUUAAUGUUCAAAGUGCAUAUAAACAAAAUUAUAAUUUGAAUUGUGAAAAUUCUAACCAAGCCUUAUAGUGUCAGAAAUGUUUUUUUUUUCUUCUUUAUUUUCUUGAUUUCAAACCCACUGUAAUGACUUUGUUAAAAUCCAUUCUUUUGGUUAUAUUUUUCAUUUAUAGUACUUCGUAUUUGAAAACUGUUCAAUAUUUGUUAUUAUGUUCAUUUUUAAUCGGAAUAGAUAAUUUGAAAUCUA